AUGGACCCUGGAGACCUGCCUUCCUUCCUGUGGACACCUGUGACUGAUGGGGACUUAAGCAAGUCAAGGGUGACCAUAGUUGAGCUAUCUCAAGAUGUGAUGUGCUGUGGAGACUGGAGGAGAAUAGGUUUGGGGGGCAAGUUCAAGCGGUUCCACAAGUUUCUCAGCCUUGGCACUAUUGACAGUUUUGAGCUAGUUAUUCAUCGGCAGAUGGGAACAUUUGGAGAAGCCAGAGACAUCAUGGGAGAACAGAGUUGUGUGGCUGUAGGAACACAGUUCCACGUAACAGUGAAGAAAAUGGCCGUCCUACCUGCAGUAUUACCCAAAAGUCAGGUGGUACGGGACUUUUCCCAGGACUUGAGAAUCAGAGGAAAAGAAGUUUGCUAUGAAAGACUCGGCUGCUUCAGUGAUGACUCCCCAUGGUCAGGAAUUGUGGAAAGACCCCUCCAUAUAUUGCCUUGGUCUCCAAAAGAUGUCAACACCCGCUUCCUCCUAUAUACUAAUGAGAACCCAAACAACUUUCAAGAAGUUGUCGCAGAUUCAUCAAGCAUCAGUGGCUCCAAUUUCAAAACAAAUAGAAAAACUCGCUUUAUUAUUCAUGGAUUCAUAGACAAGGGAGAAGAAAACUGGCUGGCCGAUCUGUGCAAGAAUCUGUUCAAGGUGGAAAGUGUGAACUGUAUCUGUGUGGACUGGAAAGGUGGCUCCCGAACUGGAUACACACAAGCCUCGCAGAACAUCAGGAUCGUGGGAGCAGAAGUGGCAUAUUUUGUUGAAGUUCUUCAGUCGGCGUUCAGUUACUCACCUUCCAACGUGCACGUCAUUGGCCACAGCCUCGGUGCCCACGCUGCUGGGGAGGCUGGAAGGAGAACCAGUGGGACCAUUGGACGCAUCACAGGAUUGGACCCAGCAGAACCUUGCUUUCAGGGCACACCUGAAUUAGUCCGAUUGGACCCCAGCGAUGCCAAAUUUGUGGAUGUAAUUCACACGGAUGGUGCCCCCAUAGUCCCCAAUUUGGGAUUUGGAAUGAGCCAAGUUGUUGGCCACCUAGAUUUCUUUCCAAAUGGAGGAGUGGAAAUGCCUGGAUGUAAAAAGAACAUUCUCUCUCAGAUUGUGGACAUAGACGGAAUCUGGGAAGGGACUCGAGACUUUGCAGCCUGUAAUCACUUAAGAAGCUACAAAUAUUACACUGAUAGCAUCGUCAACCCUGAUGGCUUUGCUGGAUUCCCCUGUGCCUCUUACAGCGUCUUCACUGCAAACAAGUGCUUCCCUUGUCCAAGUGGAGGCUGCCCACAGAUGGGUCACUAUGCUGAUAGAUAUCCUGGGAAAACAAAUGAUGUGGGCCAGAAAUUUUAUCUAGACACUGGUGAUGCCAGUAAUUUUGCACGUUGGAGGUAUAAGGUAUCUGUCACACUGUCUGGAAAAAAGGUUACAGGACACAUACUAGUCUCUUUGUUUGGAAAUAAAGGAAACUCUAAGCAGUAUGAAAUAUUCAAGGGCACUCUCAAACCGGAUAGUACUCAUUCCAAUGAAUUUGACUCAGAUGUGGAUGUUGGGGACUUGCAGAAGGUUAAAUUUAUUUGGUAUAACAAUGUGAUCAACCCAACUUUACCUACAGUGGGAGCAUCCAAGAUUAUAGUGGAGACAAAUGUUGGAACACAGUUCAACUUCUGUAGUCCAGAAACCGUCAGGGAGGACGUUCUGCUCACCCUCACACCGUGUUAGGAGACUACUGUUAUUUGACCAAUGAAUUGACUUCUAAUAAAAUCUAAUGGUGAUGCA